UUUGGCGAGCGAGGAUAAACGCAAAACUGUGUGUGAGAAAGAGAAAAAGACAGCGAUGUUGAGAGGAAUCGAAAGAUGCUGUAGAAGUGGCGGCUUCUACAAUGUGCGAGAGUGAGGUGCACCAUACUAGGGAGCUUUUUGUCUCGCUUUAUCCUACUUUGAGCAGCCAACGAAUGGUAGUGAUCCACACGGGGAAAUUUUAACUUCAAUUUAGUUGAAAGAGUUUUUAAUAAUUGUUUUAUUUUUAUUUAAAAUUAUGCUCAAAUUCUCACGGAUAUUGUAUUUAUUCCCAAAUUGAUGGUAAAUGGUGUUUCAUGGCUUUUUUUAUAACAUCCAAUACCAUAUGUAUGCACUCAAAAAAUUGAAGAAAAUUAUAAAAAUCUUAGUUUUGAGCCAGCUAAAACAUCUUGCCUCCAUACACCUUGGCACACCGAGAAACGUCAAAGGCCGAAUGUUUCGUUUGUUUACAUUGCAUACUGAGCCAAACAAUUGCUCCCUACCCGUACAAAACGAUUAUUUCGGACACACUUGUUUCCCGGCUAUUUCGGCAAUGAACGAGACAAGGAAGCGAUCACGGAAGAAGACGAUCUGGAUGACCGAGGACGAAACGUUGAAUCUCAUCUCGGUCAUACGGGAGCAUCGGUGCCUGUGGGACCGGACGUACAGGAUCAACAACCAGCAGCCGAGCCGGGACGAAGCGUGGGAGACCGUCUCGCAAACCGUGGGCUGCAGCGCAUACGAUCUGAUGGAAAAGUGGCGAUCGCUGCAGUCCUCGUACAGGAAAUGCAAAAUGCGUUGCAGAACUGUUGGACCCGACUCGGUAACCUGGGUGUACUUUCCAGCCAUGAAAUUCCUGGACGGGCCAAACGACGACGAAGAACAGAGCAGUAUAAAUCCUCGAAAGAUGCGUGUGGUGUGCAAAGGUCCCAACAAUAUUAAUCCAGUGCGCAAAUUGAAGCUAAAAAUGCGAAGGAACCUAUUUCCAAACAGCGUCACACAACGACAACCGAUGCAAGACAACCCUCCCACGGCAUUGAAUCAACCCGAGCCACCCGUCGAUGGUGUAGUAAAAAAUGAACCGGCAAUGGAUUCACCAUCUCCACCAGCACCGCCACCCGAUUUCGCUGCCGCUCACAAUGAGGUUGAGAGAUUGGAAGAAUGUUCAGCUCGCCCUCCCGAACCGAAACAGAUUCCUCGCAACCAAACGCACCAUUCGAUCAGUAUUCAACCGCAUGCCGUCGGCGAACAGGAUGAAGACUUUUUCUACGUACAAGGCGUAGCGUACCUACUGAAACAGUUUCCGGCUCCAGUGAAACGAAAGCUUCAGAUUGAAAUUCACGACCUGAUCGUAAAGGCGCAGAAGCGGCAGUACGAGCAACAGUUCGGAGAUUCAUUUGACUAAUGGCAAACAAGUACAAGCAGAUGAUACGCGAAUGACAUGACUUAUUUUAAUUGAUUGAACUCUGAAAAUAUGGAAAGGAAACACAGCUCGUGACAGAUAUGGAAUGAAGAUGGAAUUAAGAUGAAAAUAAUUGGAUAACAAAUGAAAAUAAAACUUCAAC